AUGGUAAGCCAAAGGUUGAUCAAACAACGUGAAUCUUUACCAAUUUAUCCUUAUAAACAGCAAAUAAUUGAAGCUAUACAAAAAGAAAAUUUACUAGUAAUAAUUGGCGAAACUGGAUCUGGUAAAACAACACAAAUUCCACAAUAUAUUUUAGAAAGUUAUCCUGAUUGUAAAUUGAUCGGAGUAACUCAACCAAGACGUAUUGCAGCCAUAACUGUAGCAAACCGUGUAUCAGAGGAACAGGGUUCAAAAUUAGGAGAGGAUGUUGGGUAUUGUAUAAGAUUUGAUGAUUGUACGUCAUCGAAAACUAGAUUGAAAUAUAUGACAGAUGGUGUUUUAUUACGUGAAGCAACUCUUGAUCCAAAUCUUCGACAUUACGAUAUUAUAAUCAUUGAUGAAGAAACAGAUGUAUUGUUUGGUUUAUUAAAAACAACUCAUCGUCUAAGACCAGAAUUGAAAAUAUUGGUAAUGUCAGCCACACUAAAUGUUGAAAAAUUUGCUGACUUCUUUGACGGUUGUUCUAUUUUUAUGGUACCUGGUAGAACUUAUGAAGUGUCAAUUAUUCAUCACCGUGAAACAAAAAUCAGUAGUUUGAAAUCUGCUUUUGUUCAACGAGCAAUUGAAACUUCAAUGUACAUUCAUACAAAUGAGCCUCCAGGUGACGUAUUGGUUUUCUUGACAGGACAAAAUGAAAUUGAAAGGGCUUGUAGAGAAAUACUUGCUCAAGAACGUGAUUUAAAUUACAGAAAAGAUGUGAAAUAUUAUGAUAAAGUCAGGGGGUUGGUGGUCUAUCCCAUAUAUGCCAAUUUGGAAACAUUCGAACAAAAAUCGAUAUUUGAAGAACCACCUAGAGGCAUUCGAAAAAUUGUAUUUUCCACUAAUAUUGCUCAGGUAAAAUAUGUUAUUGAUAGUGGAUUUGUAAAACAGAAAAUGUACGAGCCGUCAACAGGUAUGGAUGCAUUACUGGUAGUUCCUAUAUCACAAGCAGCAGCUACACAAAGAGCAGGUCGAGCAGGUCGAACUGCUCCCGGUAAAGCUUUCAGGUUGUAUAAUCGAGAAUCGUAUGAACAGAUGAUUGAGGAAACCGUACCCGAAAUCCAAAGAAGUAGCUUGCUUGGUACAGUCCUCAGCCUUAAAAAAAUAGGAAUAAAAGACAUACUAGGUUUUGAAUUCAUAGAUCCACCUGAUUCUGCACUUGUUAAAAAUGCAUUAAAACAAUUAUUUCUAUUGGAAGCAAUCAAUGAAGACGGAAAUUUGACUGAAUUAGGUGAAGAGAUGACAAAGUUUCCUUUGAACCCAUUUUUGUCAAGAGUCUUGGUGGCUAGUGCUAAACAACUCAGGUGUAGCAAAGAAGUGGCGGUUAUUGUUGCUAUGCUUUCUGUCGAAGAGAUUUUUGUUACGCCGAGGGAUCAAGAUAAACUGGAAUUGGCUGAUGAAAUGAGAAGAGAAUUUUAUCAUCCAUCCGGUGAUCAUAUGACAUUAUUAAAUGUUUUUGAUGCAUAUAGAGACAGUGGAUAUAGUCGUGAAUGGUGCAGAGAAAAAUUUAUAAAUUAUAGAUCAUUAUCAAUGGCAAGAAAUAUAAGAGAUCAACUUUAUGAUUUGAUGAAGAAAUCCGAUCUACCAAUAAUAUCAUGUAGAAUUACAGAAGAUGAACGGAGGAGUGGGGAUGGUGAUCAACAUUCUCAUAAGAAAAGGCGUACCAAGCAAUCAUAUCAUCGAAAAUAUGAUCAUGAAUUAAUAAUCGAGUCUUUCUCGUCAUCAUAUUAUAUUAAUCUGGCCAAAGUACAUUCACACAAACCAAUAUUUUAUCAUUAUAUUUCAUCAACAAGUUCGAAUGAUUCCGUUGAUUCCAAUUCAUCAUUACUUGCACUAAAUAUAUCGCCUACAUCAUCAUUACAUCCUGAUAAUAAAAUAGUCAGGAUGGAGAAUUUGGAUUGGGUAAUUUAUCAUUCUAUACUGUACACAACUAAAGCUAUAAUGAAAAUUACUAGUAGAAUUAGAUUCGAAUGGGUGCAAAAAAGAUUGGAGUUAUUGAAAAAAUUGGAGAAAGCAAGAUUGGAUGAAAGUUUACAAUCAAAUGAAAAUAAAACCGGUGACGAGGAUAAUAAUAAAAAUGAUGAUGAUGAAGAAGCAAUUAGAAUGUCUAUUGAAGAAGAUAAUAAAAUUAAAGAAAGAAAUGAAGAGGUUAAAAAUAAAAGACAGGAAACGAUCGAGGCUGCUAGACAAAGAGCUUUACAAAGAAGGUCUUUUAAUCAAUUAUAA